GUAACAGGUUCAAACAAAGGAAUUGGAUUUGCAAUUGUUAGAAGUCUCUGCAAAAAGUUUGAUGGUCACGUCUACUUAACAGCAAGAGAUGUAGGAAGAGGUGAGAAUGCAGUGAAAGAACUGGAGAAGGAAGGUUUGCAUCCACAUUUUCACCAGUUGGAUAUUGAGGACACCAAGAGCAUCACAGCAUUGAAAGACUAUUUGGUGGAAAAGUAUGGAGGCCUGGAUCUGCUGGUCAACAAUGCUGGGAUUGCUUAUAAAACAGAUUCAACUGCUCCAUUCUCAGAGCAAGCAGAGGUAACAUUGAAGUGCAACUAUUGGGGCUUGUUGGACGUCUGCAAAAUAUUGUUCCCCAUUCUCAAGCCACAUGCUAGAGUUGUGCAUUUGUCAAGUUCACUGAGUUUCAUGUCCCUGGCCAAAUGUUCAGCAGCUAAAAGGAGUCAGUUGUUUAGUUGUCAGUCGGUUGAUGAAUUAUCUCAUCAGAUGAAUCUCUUUGUUAGUGAUGUAAAGGCUGGAGUGCAUCAAGCUCAAGGUUGGCCAGACAUGGCUUACGGGGUCAGCAAGGCUGGAGUUACUCUUCUCACUCCUAUCCAGCAAAACACUUUUGAUAAGGAAGAACCUGGCAAAGAUAUUGUUGUCAACAGUUGCUGUCCAGGUUAUGUUGCCACAGAUAUGAGUAGUCACAUGGGAUUCAAGACUAUUGAUCAAGGUGCUGUGACACCGGUAUAUCUAGCACUCUUGCCUCCUAAUGUUGAAUCUCCGCGUGGAGAAUUCCUCAGUGAGUGCCAAGUGAAGGCUUUGAAUGAAGAAAAUGUCAUUAACUACAAGACUGUCCUUGACCUCGACAUGUAA